AUGGAUAGGUCACAGGACUCUGUAUAUCGGGGUUCAUGUUCCUCUGAUCCCACCGUCCCACCGCCGUCAUCGGCAUCAUGGACACCGACACAGAAAGAGGAGCAGGGAGAGAGACUCGGGCGUCGAAGACGGACACGAAUCUCCUUCAUACAGUGGCUGAAGUUUGAAGAGGACGUGGAGGAUGGAGGUGAGCGCUGGAGUAAACCGUACGUUGCGACGCUCUCUCUGCACAGUCUCUUUGAGCUGCGGGGCUGCAUCAUCAACGGCACCGUCAUGCUGGACAUGAGAGCCAGCUCUCUGGAGGAGAUUGCAGAAAGCUCAAGCCAUAUGUACAGACUCACAGUGUUUAAAGCUCAGAUAGACCUGCACUUCAUGAAGAAGAUUCCUCCGGGUGCAGAGGCCUCUAAUGUUUUGGUUGGAGAGCUGGAGUUUCUGGACAGGCCUGUCGUGGCAUUUGUCCGCCUCUCUCCUGCUGUACUGCUGAACGGCCUAGCAGAGGUGCCCAUUACCACCAGGUUCCUGUUCAUCCUGCUGGGGCCUCUGGGUAAAGGACCACAAUAUCACGAGAUUGGCAGAUCGAUUGCUACUUUAAUGACAGAUGAGGUUUUCCAUGAUGUGGCCUAUAAAGCUAAAGACCGCAAUGAUCUGAUUGCAGGAAUUGAUGAAUUUCUUGACCAAGUUACAGUUCUGCCACCGGGAGAAUGGGACCCGUCCAUCAGGAUAGAGCCGCCAAAAAACGUCCCGUCCCAGGAGAAGAGAAAGAUCCCUGCAGUGCCUAAUGGAGAGCUGGCAGAGCCGGAGGAACAUGGUGGACACGGAGGCCCUGAGCUGCAGCGCACCGGGAGGCUUUUUGGUGGAUUGGUUUUGGAUGUGAAGAGGAAGGCUCCGCACUUCCUGUCGGAUUUCACAGAUGCGCUCAGCCUGCAGUGUUUGGCCUCUUUCCUGUUCCUGUACUGCGCCUGCAUGUCCCCUGUUAUCACCUUCGGAGGACUGCUGGGAGAAGCCACAGAGGGACGCAUAAGUGCAAUUGAAUCUCUGUUUGGAGCCUCCAUGACUGGAAUUGCUUACUCGUUUUUUGCCGGCCAGCCUCUCACUAUUCUGGGCAGCACCGGACCCGUCCUGGUGUUUGAGAAAAUAUUAUUCAAAUUCUGCAAGGAGUACGGGCUGUCGUAUCUGUCCCUCAGGGCGUGUAUUGGGCUGUGGACGGCGUUCCUCUGUCUGCUGCUGGUGGCCACUGAUGCCAGCUCCCUCGUCUGUUACAUCACACGCUUCACGGAGGAGGCCUUCGCCUCUCUCAUCUGCAUCAUCUUCAUCUACGAGGCCUUGGAGAAGCUCAUUCAUCUCGGGGAGACGUAUCCCAUUAACAUGAACAACAAUCUGGAGAAACUCACCACUUACAGAUGUUCCUGUAUUGAGCCUGCAAACCCCAGCAAUGCCACUCUUCAAUACUGGGAGCAGAACAACAUCUCAGCUCCGGAGAUCUUCUGGGAGGCUCUGGAAGUUCAGGACUGCAUUGAGAAGAAAGGAGAAUUUGUGGGGUCGGCUUGCGGGCCUCAUGGUCCGUACGUUCCUGAUGUUCUCUUUUGGUCUAUAGUCCUUUUCUUCUCUACUGUGGCCAUGGCAGCGUUCCUCAAAGAAUUCAAGACCAGCCGCUACUUCCCCACCAAGGUCAGAGCCAUCAUCAGUGACUUUGCAGUCUUCAUCACUAUUUUUACGAUGGUUCUGGUGGAUUACGCUUUAGGAGUGCCUUCCCCCAAACUGAAGGUCCCUAAUGUGUUUAAGCCAACUCGUGACGAUCGUGGGUGGUUCGUUAACCCGCUGGGUCCGAACCCGUGGUGGACGUGUGUGAUUACAGUCAUUCCCGCCCUCCUCUGCACCAUCCUCAUCUUUAUGGACCAGCAGAUCACAGCUGUGAUCAUCAACAGGAAGGAGCACAAGCUCAAGAAAGGCUGUGGCUAUCAUCUGGACCUGUUCAUGGUGGGCGUGAUGCUGGGCGUCUGCUCUCUGAUGGGGCUGCCGUGGUUCGUGGCAGCGACGGUUCUGUCCAUCACUCACGUCAACAGUCUGAAGCUGGAGUCCGAGUGUUCGGCGCCCGGAGAACAGCCCAAGUUCCUCGGGAUCAGAGAGCAGCGGGUCACUGGCCUCAUGAUCUUCCUCCUCAUGGGCUGCUCUGUAUUCAUGACCUCAGUGCUGAAGUUUAUUCCAAUGCCGGUGCUGUAUGGAGUUUUCCUUUACAUGGGUGCAUCUUCACUGAGAGGAAUACAGUUUUUCGAUCGUUUGAGAUUGUUCGGGAUGCCAGCUAAACACCAGCCAGACUUCAUUUACCUGAGGCACGUUCCACUCCGAAAGGUUCAUCUGUUCACCAUCAUCCAGCUCAGCUGCCUGGUUCUCCUCUGGGUCAUCAAGACCUCCAGAGCCGCCAUUGUCUUUCCCAUGAUGGUGUUGGCGCUGGUGUUCAUUAGAAAGCUGCUGGAUUUUAUCUUCACAAAGCGGGAGCUCAGCUGGCUCGAUGACCUCAUGCCCGAGAGCAAGAAGAAGAAACUGGAAGACGCUGAGUGAGAGGAGGAGCAAAGUAUUUUGGCAGAGGAAGAAGGAAUCGUACAAGUGCCAUUGGAGGGACAUUACAAGUAUGGACCAGAUUUUCCUAACUAAUUCUCACAAUAGCAAGCGAUACUAGAUUUUGUUGCUUUAUUAAAACAAUAGGGCGA